CGUUGAAGUCAGCAAAGCCCUAAAGUUUAUUCCUUUCCGCCCUUGUGAGUUGCGAACAGCAGGCGCAAGUCACUGCGUCGAUCAGUCGAUGAAUGUCGGCUUCAAUGGCUACAACCAAUGGAUUCGACCCCUCAGGUGAUUUGGAAAAGAAGGACAAGUUAUCAAUGGAGUCUGUCAAAGAAGUUGUAGCUAUUUCAAGCUCAGAGGCACAGCCUGAAGAAAGUGAAAGGAAAGCUCGGGUAGAUGCUGUGUGGGAGCAAAUGAAUAAAGGAGUAUCUGUUAAGGCGCUGAAAAAUAACAAGCCUAGUUCAACUGUGAACAGAACGUCACAUAAAACUUCCACUGGCUGGAUGACAUAUCUGGGCCUGGGGCCAAAGAAGAGAGGAUCUCUUCAGCAAGGUGUACAACAGAAGGAAUCUGCUAUUACACAGAAUGGCACCAACGAUGAGGCGAAGAGACUUGCUGCUGCUGCUCUUUCAGCAGUUAAGGAUGCUGCAGCUGCUGCAGCUGCUGCUUCAGGCAGAGGAAAAGUUGAAAUAGUGGAGGUACGGGACUUUGCGGGUGAAGAGAUAGAAGUAAAGAAGCUUGUUGAUGCUGCUUCAAAGGAGGCAUCUGAAAAGGCCAAAGGUCCAGCUGGUACCACAUCUGCAGUUGAUGCUGUUCUAGAACAAAUCAAGAAGAAACCAAAACUGAGUGUGCUUGACAAGACAAAAAUGGACUGGGGUGGGUUCAAGGAAGACAACAAAGGUCUAGAAGAGGAGUUGGAUGCAUAUAAGAAGAGCUCAAACCAGUAUCUGGACAAGGUUUCUUUCUUACAGCGAGCAGAUUACAGGGAAUUUGAGAGGGAGAGGGAUGCUCGGCUGGCUUUGCACGCCAGAAGAAGGCCAGAUAUGAGUGAGGAUCCAUGAAAGUACCAUACCUUGCUUUCUAAUUAAUUUUUUUUUUUAUAAUUAUUGUUAUUUGGAAAUUGAAGGGGAGAAGAUAUGGAAGAGUUGCAAAUUGAACGAGGCUAAUUGUUUUUGUAUAGUGUGUAGGAUGGGAUAUUCGCCUUCACAGCAAUGGGGUUUCCUACUACUUGUAUACAAGAAAAUCUGUGCCCUCUUUUCUUAGUCAGGGGUCAUAGGUCCGUUUGAUUCUCCUAAUGGGGAAACCGAGGGAUGAAAUCUUGUGCAAAUGUUCUUGUAUCUUUUCCUCUUUUAUUUAAUGAUGACCGAUGUUUAAUUUUAUCA